AUGAUACAUAAAAGCACUAUUGAUAAGAGAACAUUUAAAUCUGUAACUCUCAGCAACUCAUUGCUAUGUCUUUUGAUAUCAGAUCCAGAGACAGAAAAGUCUGCUGCUGCUUUGAAUGUCGAUGUUGGAUCUCUUGAAGAUCCUGUUGAUAGAAUGGGUCUUGCUCAUUUUUGUGAACAUAUGUUGUUUAUGGGAACUGAUAAGUAAGAGAUUUAUUAUAUCAUUCAGAUAUCCUAAUGAAAAUGAGUAUUAGUAAUACAUUUCAAAGAAUGCUGGAUCCACUAAUGCUUUUACAUCUGAAUUAAAUACAAAUUUUUUUUUUUCAGUUGCCAAUCAAGCUUUAGAAGGUGCACUUGAUAGAUUUGCCUAAUUCUUUAUCAGUCCACUUUUCAGUGAUUCUUGCACAGAACGUGAAAUGAAAGCAGUUGAUUCAGAAUACAAUAUGAAUCUAUAAAAUGAUUUUUGGCGCAAAUUUCAAUUGUUUCAUAAUGCUUCCCUUGCUGGUAGUCAAUAUAAUAAGUUUAUGAUUGGUAAUUUGAAGACUUUGUAGUUUGAAGAUACACGUGCAAGAUUAUAAGAAUUUCAUAAAAGAUAUUAUUCAGCAAAUGUCAUGAAAUUAGUUAUUUAUGGUUAAUAACCAAUAGAGAUUUUGGAAGGAUGGGCUUAAACUUAUUUUGAAGCCAUUUAAAAUAAAAAUUUAUUACCUCCAUCUUAUAAUGUUAUGCCAUUUGAUUAAACAAAUUUAGGGUAAUUGAUAAAAUAUGUUCCAAUUAAGAAUUAAGAUUAUUUAGAAUUAAUUUACAUUAUUGAUAAUCUUUAUCCAUAAUAUAGAAGUUGUCCAGGAAAGUAUUUAUCUCAUUUGAUUGGUCAUGAAGGAGAAAAUUCUCUUUUGUCACUUCUUAUAAAAGAAGAUUUAGCAUAAGAAUUAUCAGCAGGUCCAUCAAAUACAAUGAAAUUAUUUUCAGAAAUGUCAAUAAGAAUAAAAUUAACAUAAAAGGGUUUAUAAUAAUAUUUGAAAGUUGUUUAAUAUGUUUAAGGAUAUAUUGAAUUAUUAAAAUAAAAAGGACCAUAAGAAUGGAUUUUUAAAGAAAUCUAAGCAAUAAAAAAAUUAGAAUUUGAUUUCUUAGAAAAAGGAGAUCCAUUUAAUUAUGUUUGUACUUUGGCAUCAAGAAUGCAAUUAUAUCCAAUUGAAGAUGUGUUAAGAUCACCUUAUUUAAUGGAAGAAUAUUAACCAGAAUAAAUUUAAAAGAUUACAAAUUAAUUGACUGGAGAUAGAUUAAUAAUGUUUUUAUCAUCAUAAAAUUAUUAAAAUUAAUUAGGAAACAAAGAAGAAUAUUUUGGAACUGAAUAUAGUUAAACCAAAUUCCUUGAAGAUAUAACUACAGUUUUUAAUAAUGCAGCCAAUAAUAUAUCACCAUUAUUAAAUUUACCACCAUAAAAUAUAUACAUUCCUGAACAUACAAAUGUAUUACCUUUAUAAAAUGGUUUACCACAAUUUCCUUAAUUAAUAUUAUAAACUGAAUAAACUGAUUUAUGGUUUAAAUAAGAUGAUAGAUUCUAAGUACCUAAAACAGUUAUUCAACUUAGAAUUAAUACUAUAGAAACUGGAUAUGGUAAAUUAUCUAAAACAGAAGCAAUUGCUAAAAUCUGGUAAGCUUUAUUAAAGAAUCAUGUUAGAGAAUUCAAUUAUUUAGCAGAAAUGGCUAAAAUUGAUGCUUCUUUAUAAUUAGCAGCAAAUGGAUUAGAAAUUUCAAUUAGUGGAUUUAGUGAUUCCAUUUCUAGAUUUGUUAUAGGAAUGUUCCAAAAGAUUAUCUCAUUUAAACCUGAAGAUUAUUAAGAUUUAUAUGAAUCAACAUUUGUUAAAAUUACUUAAGAAUUAGAAAACUUUAAGAGAUCUUAACCAUAUUAAUAAGUUCAUUCCCUUAUAAGUGUUUUAUUAAGAGAAGGAUCAUCAUUUGAAACAUAAGAAUUAUUAGAUUAAUUAACUAAUAUCACAUUUAAUGAUGUGAUUCAUUUUUCUAACAAUUUCCUUAAAAGAUGUAGAUUUGAAUGGCUCAUAAUGGGUAAUUUGGUUAAAGAAGAAGCAAUAUAAAUUGUUGAAAAAUCACUUGAUUUAUUUAAAGCAAAAACACUUAAAUAUGAAUAGGUAUUAUAAAUUAGACCUGUAAUGUUGAAUUAAAAAGAAAUCUGUAAUUACACUUAUGAUUUGACAGAACCAACAGAAACUAAUUCAGGAAUUGUUGUUCAUUAUUAAAUUGGAAAACCUGACUUAAGAACAUAACUUUAUAAUGGUAUUUUAUAUAUUUUAUUAUAGAUAUUCUAUAAACAAUAAUGAAGACUCCAUUCUUUGCUUAAUUGAGAACUACUGAAUAAUUAGGAUAUGCUGUUUUUUCAUUAUUGAGUGAUGUUAGAGGAGUAUCAGGUUUCACAUUCUUAAUAUAAAGUAAUGCAAAAUGUCCAAAUUAUGUCUAAGAUAGAAUUAGGUAAGAUAUUCAUACAAUAUUAGAACAUUUAUUAAUGAAAAUUUGAAUAAAUUGAUUACAGAGAUGAGUGAAUAAGACUUUGAAUAAUUUAAAAAUUCAGUUAAGGUCUAAUUAUAAGAAAAGGAUUAUUCAUUAAUUAAAGAAUCAGCUAGAAUGUGGAAUGAAGUUUAAAAGCAUUAAAGACUAUUUGACAGAAGAUUAUAACAACUUAAUAUUUUGGAUGAUAUUAAAUUAUCUGAAGUUUAAUAAUAUUUUAGAACUCAUUUAAUUGAAUAAACAAAACAAUUUGAAAUUCAUGCUGUUUCACCAACCCACAAGAAGGAUUAAGAAGAUAUCAAGAGUGACAGCCUGUUAUUUAGUUCAUCUGAAAAAUUCAAAAAGAAACAAGGAUUGUAUCCUGAUUAUUAUUAUUAAUGAACAGU